ACUGUAUUUUUGAUCAAAUGAAUGCAACCGUGCUGAGCAGAAGAGACUUCUUUAAAACAUUAAAACAUCUUUAUUAUUCCAGUAAAUCUGGCGGAUCUGAAGUCAGUCGUGUUUCACCUGCUGUAGGUGAGGAAGCUCCUCAGGUGAGGGAGGAGCCGCAGGGAGACGGUUGCCAUGGAGACACAGACGGACAGAUUCACCUGACAGAGGGAAACCCCUCACAGGACGUCUGUUUGUGUCUCAGUGCUGCACACUAAUUAGUUUACAUGGAGCACAGAUGGAAAAUCUCAUGCACUUAAUGUUUGUCUGCUUCUCUCUCUCUCACACACACACACACACACACACACACACACACACACACGAGGAGCUGCAGUAAAUGCGUUGUGGCUCAAGGCUUUAUUCCAUCUCUAAUUUUAGUCCUCAUGUCCUCGUUUCUCAUUCAGAGAAGCAGAAACUGAACUGAAGAUCCGUCAGAGUUUUGAUUAUGAUGAGACUCGUUCUUACAGACAGCACUAAUCACAUUCACAUUUCACUGCUGGUUAUAUAUGCUCUAUAUAAUCGUGUAUGUGAUGAAUAAAAAAAUCUUGAAUUAAUCAGUCAUCUCUUUGAGUUAAUCGUAUUAUCCAGCGCUGCUGAGAGACUCUCGAGUGACUGUAGUGCGUACUGUACAUCCUGCUGACGCUUUACUUACAGUAAAUCAGUGCAGUCUCUUUGUUUAAACAGUCAUCUAUUUUUAUUUAUUUCUUAUAAAACUUACAAUUUUUACAAAUUUUCUGUAAAGCCCUUUGAAUUACCACGGUGUAUGAAAUGUGGUAUAUAAAUAAAUAAACUUAGUAAACACAAGUUUAAGGGAUCAUUCAGCCAGAAAUGAUCAAUCUGUCAUCGUUCAUACCUGUGUGACUUUAUCGCUUCUGUGAAACACAAAAGAACCAAACAGCACAAAGUCAGUCACACAGGAGUAAAUGAACACAUUUUUGGGUGAAACUAUUCCUUAAAUCUAUUUGCAGCAUUAGUCGCAUAAUUAUGGUUGAGUUAUAAUAAAUAGGAAUAGUUCAUGUUAGAAAAUUCAUCAGUUAUGAAACCAAUUCAAUGUGUUCUGUAUUUUAAUGUUUACUGUUUUUAAUGUCGUAAACCUUAAUAAUUAUCUGUGGUUAUGGACACACUGUGGUUUAGAUUUACAUUCAUGCAUUUGGCAGCGAUUUGCAUUGCAUUCAAGUAUACAUUAUUUGUCAGUCCUUUCUGUUCCCGUGGAAUCAAACCUAUGACCUUUGUGUUGCGAGCGCUGUGGUCCACUGUUUGAGCUACAGGAAGGCUGUAGAUGGAGUUUACCGCAUGAUGGUCUGUUGUGGUUCAGCGUCAUGUCUCUGGUCAAGUCCCUGGAGGAAAUGCACAGUAUUUUGAAACACAGAGAUCUCAGUGUGAAAUGCAUUGCAGGACAUGCCGCUGGCGUCUGGCUCUCAGGAGAACUACAUCACACUGCUGGUGAUGCUGUGUGUGUUCGCCGGCGGGACACUGGUCCUGCUGUCCAUCCUGCUGGUCUUCUGUCAUCGCUGCUGUCGAGGAGAGCGACGCUACUCCAGAGCCAGUGAUGACCUGGAGAAAACCAACACCACAUACAUAGAGGAGAGUCAGCCGACGCAAGAUGUCACUAUCAGACUCGAGAGCGGCGAGUCGCUGUCCUCUUCCAGCUGUCAUGGCGAUACAGACGCGGAUCACUUCCUGUCUGCAUCGGUCACCGGAAGACGGGUUUCUUUCAACGAAGCCGCCAUCUACGAGCAGAGCGCCAAAGACCAGGAGACAGGUCGAAGGUACACGCUGACGGAGGGUGACUUCCAUCACCUGAAGAAAGCUCGUCUGACGCACCUACACAUGCAGCCGCCGGCGCUGAAGAUCCUCACCAUCCUGGAGUGUGAUUCACCGGAGAACAGCGUGACGCUCAGCGAACAACCCUCACAACACCCAUCUCUCUCCAUAUUCCAGCCAGUGGAGUGUCCCGUGCCGGAGGCUGCAGGAUUGUGGAGCGCUCAAAGCCCCAGCAGUGCUCUGCCCGGAAACACACUGAACACCAGCACCGAACGCACCGCCAAACCAGCUCGAUCACACACCAUCGAGGUGAUGAACAGAAGCCUGCUGAUGAACAGAGAUUCCACUUCCUGUGCAGCCGGCAGCGCUGCAGGUCCAGCUCAGGGCACCAUGUUCCACUUCCUGUCUAAGCUCAGACGCCAUGCCAGCCUGGAGGGAGCGGGUCCGUUCUUCAGUGUCAAGAAAUGGAGACAGGACACCAUCCAGAGAGCGGCGAGUCUGGACACGAGAGGUUCUCCGCGGAGACGUGCGUUUCAGAGGCAGCGGGCGGCCAGCGAGACUCUGGAUCAGGGAGAAGAAAUCUUGCACAGUGGAGUCAGCGACUUCUUGUUGCGAAAACCCACCACGCAGCCACAGAAGGAGCCGCCAAGACGCCUCUCGGCUGGUUCUUUAGGUGUCACCGCAGGAGCUCCUCCUGCCCUCAGCAGGUUAGAGGUAGAAGCUGUAAUGGAGGUCAGAGUCAACACAGAUGCAGUGAAAGACAAGACUCCAACAUUGCCCUCAUCCCAAGGACCUCUGCAGGUGGAGGAUGGGGAAGAGGAUGGACAGGAGGUGAUGGCAGGAGCAUUAGGAGGCGGCGCUGAAGAGUUUGGACCAGUGAGUCGUCAGGAGAGUCUAGAGCAGCCCAACCUGUACCGCGACAUCUGGAGCCUGAGAGCGUCGCUGGAGCAGUACGCCUCCUCCGACCUGAGCAGCAACGACAGGGACUCCACACGCAGCGAUGCCGACAGCGUUUGCUCAGCGGGAGCAUCGAGAGCGGGCAUCCCCAGCUAUCAGUCGCAAGACAUUGAUGAUGAUAUAGACGGAGACAGCGAGCUUCCAUAUGAUGACGUAUUCAGGGAGGCCGGGCAGAGGAGAAAUGGACGGGACAGCGUAGACUCUGAGAGAGGCAGCGACGGAGAGACAAACAACCGGAAACUUCUACAGAUGGACAGCGGAUACGCCUCAAUCGAGGCUCCUUGCAAGGCUCCGGAGGAGUUCAGAUUGCUCGGGAGUAGCUCUGGAAAGACCGCAUCAGAACGUCGCCGCUUUUUCACCAAUUCUGGACGCAAAGGCACGGUUUGUGAGAGUUUUGAGGCACGGUUGUUCAAGGAGGAGCUGGAAGACGACGCAUCGGAGAACAGAGUAAGUUUCGAGGCAGACACUCCCGCUUUGGUUUCCCACCAAGAACCCGCGACCAAACCCAGGCCACGCUUCCGCCGUAGAGACUACAGCAUCGAUGAGAAGACAGAGGCACUGUUUAAUGAAUUCCUACGCCAUGAUCCCCAGUUUGACCAACAGGACUCGCCCUCCUUGCGUCACCGGCACCGCUCCCGAAUCCAUCUCAGGAAGCAGUGGCAGCGCAGCAAGCAGUACAGCGACCCCGGUGCCGCUCGAUUAUCGCCAUCUCUAGAGCGACAGCGAUGCUACCCGCUACGCCGAGGCGACAGCGCCAACUACCCCUUAGACACACGCUACCACAGUACCUUGCCUCGCAUCGCUAGUGCCGCAGACGAGGAGACCAGCGAGGGAGCAGCGAGUACGGAAUCGCCCGAGCCGGAAAAAUCUGGUCCAGAGCUGGAGGGUGCUGGUCCACCCACAGAAACAGGCAAUUCUGGUCCAGACCUGGAGGAAAACAGAAACAACAGCAGCAACAAAACACGCCGACAUUUCUUUUCAUCGCAAACAAAGGACAGUAGUGCCAGGCGUUGUGGAAGACCGGAGGACUUGGGAACAAAUGCUCAUCCCGCAGAUUCACAUAAACAUUCACAGAUGUACCGUGGCGGACCAAUGGCUGCAUUUAGUUCUCAUUUGCAUUCACAUACAAACACACUCAAGCCGGAUCCCACUGAUCCAGAUCAGGACUCGGACUACAUGCGUCACGCUCUCACUGACAUCAGCCCGUCAGACAAACUAGUGUCCACACUGGACGAUCGGCUCUACUCUAACCUGAGGACGCAAAGAGGGAGUCAAGAGUGUGUCGUGACCGUAAGCCGCACCUCACCAGAUCUAGAAGAAUAAAGGGCCGUUUGCACUAAGAACAAUAACUAUAACCAUGAAGUUGUAUCAAUCGUUCUGACUCUAAGAGAACUGCGAAGUCCACACCACAACUAUAACGAUAAUGAUACAGAUGAAUAAUAUAGUUGGAAUCAUGCUCAUUACGCUUUUUCCAGCUGAUGAGUGAUAAAAACAUCUUCACCCAAUCUGACUUUAACAUGAGCAUUUAAAGUCCACAAGUGGUAUAAACAGAACGUUAUUGUCUGUUGGUGUGGACACUAAUAUAGUUAACGUUAUGGUUAUCGUUCUUGUAAGUUUGGAUCGUGUUUGAUACGGUACAGCGCCACCUAUUGGAAAAUCGACUGAUGUCUGAUGUCAAGUCUGUUUUUUGACUGUAACGAACUCCUUUUUCAUCGUAAGGGUGCUGGUGCCGGGCAUCUAAUGUCCUCAUCAUGUAAAGAACAAGAACUCGAUCUAGAAACAGUGAUGGAAAUAUAGAUCACGGCCAUUAUUAAUUAACAAACACACCAUUUCCACGUAUGUCACGUUGCACUGCAGCACUAGACACUUUCUAUUUGCAAUCCAAAAUGGGAAAAUGCAUUACUAUGAAUUUGAAAGACUUGGCCGUGAUUAUUUGUGCUAGUCAUUCAGUUUUCAGUGAGUUCUGUAGAUGCCGCAGCCCGGCACCAGCAGUUCCCCUGGAAGAAGAACACCAAACGUCACGUUUAGAGAAAUGACAGUCAUGCUACUUCAGUAGAAUAUGAAACGGAAUGAAUACAAGCAUGCGAUCUAAUGAGAACAUUAGCAAUAAACACACACACGUAAAGGGUGAGGUGUGCUGGAUAUCAGUGAAAUACAGUCAAGUACAAACCCUGACCAUCAACAAAUAGUCAUUAUUUUAGCGAAUCUGUUUGGUGACAGAAAUUACACAAUUCAUGUAAGAGUUUAAACUGUGUGAACACAUCCAACUUUAUCUCAUCUUCUAAAGGGACUAAACACAGAAAGACAGAUCUGCAGUCAAACUAACUUUCACUGUGAAACAAACUGCAGCUGUUUGGUGCUUUGAGUCACAUUUCAGCCAAGACUCGAUUACAAUCAGCACUGAACAUCUAAUUAAACAGAUCUAGAACACUUUCUGUGGUGAGCUUCAGACAGUGAAAGUCGAUCUUAAUAGAGAUCUUAUAUAUCCCACAAUGCACUGCUCCUCAUCUCAUCAUCAAACUAUAGCAAUUCAACCUUGACAAAGGUCUCUGUUAUUUAAGAACCUCAUGAUCCCUUGUUAUUAAAUCACUGAUGGUAAGAAGAUCAGCGCUUAAUAUCUCAGUUUUCAUAUCAUACAUGUACAACUACUAGGGUCAUAAAUGUGUCUUGAAUCAUUUAUUCCAUCCAGAUCAUGUUUAGCAUUGGAGAACGCGGGUAAGUGUAGGUGACUGUAUAUACAUGUACAUCUAGAUCACGCCGAGUUGUCAUUUUUAAAUUAUAAUUCCUUUGCAAUAAAGGUACUUUUGUUGAGUUAAUGCAAAAAAAAAAAAAACAAUUGUUUCUUGUUUGGAAGCAAAAAGGCUCAUGGUGAACUAUUACUUUAACCUCCAAAACCAAACUGAUCGAAGCAUGUUGGCUAGUUUAAAACUACAUUAGUUAUAUAGAGUCUAGUGAGCUAGAAGAAGAAGUGUUUUGUUAAUGGCUCAAUGCUGUUUAUGAACACAAUGCAUUGAGCAACAUGAGCUCUGAUGGACGUGAAGCUGUCAGCUAGAUAUCACAUAUAAUGAAAUAUUACAGAACACUUUAAACUAAACUGGAAGGUGAUUUUCUGUGGAACUGAACUGGGUUUGUUGCCAUGGAAAGAAGCGUGUUAAGCGGUCAUAGGUCACACGCCAGAGACGAUUCUGCUGAUUCUGGACAAUCUCAUCUUUUCCUCUCACUAUAUUCAUAGAUUUUUCUGAAAGACUGGUUUGAAUCAGCAGCAGAAGAGAGGAAGCAAUGCAGUGAGUUUCCUGCAGCUCCAAAAACACUGAAGAGCUUCCAAACAUCCGUCAACAAACCCAUGACCCUGCAGUCGCUCAGAAACAGUGCUUGAUUUCACAAAUAACACCAAAUAAUAAAGACAACCGAUUUUAA